UGGAGACUCUGAGAAAUCACUGUGUGAGAAGUGUGUGUUUCAGAGAUGGAGAUCAGCUGUGUGUUGCUGUGUGUGACACUGGUAGCCAGUGUGACACCAGUGUUGGCUGCAGCAGAGCCUGGUAUCAUAGAGAGCCUCCUGCUGGCCACCCAUCAGCGUCCCUGGCUCUGGAGUAUCUAUGUCUUCACUGUUGGACUUCCCAUCAUUCUCUUCAUUAGCUUCAUGUGGCCUGACAAGCGGUUUGGGCCUCCUGAUCAACAGUAUUACUACAAGAAGUCUGAUGAUGCUCAGCCAGACGAUCCUGAGACCUCAGGGCAGACAGACUCACUGGAUACCAAAGGUGAGGCGGAUAAAGCUGUAACCAGGAGGAGAGAGACUCGGGGUAACCAGAAGAAGUCUGACUUAGACUCCUGAAGGAUCAUUGAUCAGUGCAGUGCACCUUGGGAGAGGAAAUCUUCUCAGCUCACAAGAGGAUGCUGAAUAAUCAUCAUAUCUUUGGCCAAUGGUACUGAUGACUGGAUAAAACAGUUUUUAACAGAACAAAGACUGAGGAUUGAACUAAUUCAAUAUGUUUCAUUAUGGCAUUUCUUCACUACAAGUAUCAGUAUAGUCAUGUUUCGAUGAUUUAUGAAGCUAAAAUAAAUAUUUCUCCAGUUGGGUAUAUUACAGUAUUAUAGUGCACACAUUAAGAAGCCACAUGGUAAUGCACUUCAGGCAUUUUUGGCUAAUAAAAAGCUCUGACACAAAAAUAUUGUGUUUAAUGUCUUCAGAAUCUGAUAGUAACCUCCAUAUAUACAACAUAUCUGAGCUAUUAAAAGGAGCUAUUUGUAAGUUUUACUAUUGCUACAUAGCCAUGUUAGCAAAAGUUGUUUACUU